AUGGCUGACAGCAGAAAGGACACGGCGACGAUGUUCGACGACGAUGAGCCCAAACACAACGUUGAUCUCGACGACGAUGACGACAGUGAUGUCUUCACCUCGGCCCUCCAGGAUCAUCACAUGCAAGGGAAUAAUUCCUCAUACAAUGGCGAAUCGACUAUGCAAGCAGAACUACCCAAGUUAUCGUUGCGAGAUGCUAUACAGGACAACUCUCUCUCGACUCUUUCAAGUCCUGCCGCACCAUCUGGUCCACUUAGUCCACCCUUGGAUCCAACAGGAACUGACAUAGGUGAUUUACAUGAUGUUCCCAUUAAUGACGAUGGAGAUAUAUCCACAAACAUUCACAAAUCUCAAUCAAUGGAAGAGGUGCCAACAGAAUCUUCUGAUUUAUUUGUGGAAAUAACUGUGACAUCUCCUCAAAAAAUGGGUGAUGGCAUGGGAUCGUACGUUGCUUACAGAGUUGAGACAAAAACUAAUAUUCAGCUGUUUAAGAAGAGAAAUUUCAGCGUAAACAGACGUUUUAGUGAUUUUCUCGGUUUGCAUGAUAAACUCACGGAAAAAUACUUACGCAGUGGUAGAAUUAUACCUCCAGCUCCUGAAAAAAGUGUCAUAGGCACAACAAAAGUGAAAAUGUCGGGAGAAAUGAGCCAAGAGCAAAAUUCUGGUUCCUCAGAGUUCCUGGAAAGACGCAGAGCUGCAUUAGAGCGAUUUUUAAAUAGGGUUGCCUGUCACCCUGUAUUCUGUGUAGAUCCCGAUUUUCGAGAAUUUCUUGAAGCAGAUAUGGAACUGCCUAAGGCAACUAAUACUUCUGCCCUGAGUGGUGCUGGUGUUAUGCGGUUGUUUAACAAAGUUGGAGAAACUGUGAAUAAAAUAACGUAUAAGAUGGACGAGAGUGACACGUGGUUCGAAGAAACUGUUAACCACAUUGACAGCCUUGACACUCAGCUGCGUGGCUUGCACGCAGCAGUAGAAACAUUGACGAAUCAAAGAAGAGAACUAGCUAUGCAUACAGGGGCUACAGCUCGAUCGAUCGCCGUCUUGGGACACGGUGAAUCUGAAGCUUCUCUCGGCAGAGCCUUAGCACAGCUGGCGGAGACCUUCGAGAAGGUCGAAGUCGUUAGGAAGGCUCAGGGAAACAGCGAUUUAUAUCAGUUCGGAGAAAUGAUUCGUGAUUACGUGGCCCUCAUUGGAGCCAUCAAGGAUGUUUUUCACGAGCGAGUCAAGGUCUUUCAAAACUGGCAGCACGCGCAGCAAGUGCUGAACAAAAAGCGCGAACAGAAGGCGCGACUCGAGCAGACGGGACGGACGGAUAAGACGAGCCAGGCGGCGACCGAAGUUAUCGAGUGGGAGGCAAAGGUUGAGCGGGGUCAAGAGGAGUUUGAUAACAUAUCCAAGAUGAUCAGGACGGAGGUCGAACGUUUUGAGAUCGUGCGGAUACAAGACUUCAAGAAGCAGCUGGUUCAGUACCUCGAGGCUAUGCUGCAGCAUCAAAACCAACUGGUCAAGCACUGGGAAAGCUUCUUGCCGGAAGCCAAGUCCGUUGCGUGAGCUCAGACUGUCAGCAACGUGCCAUGGAUCUAUUUUUCGCUCUGUGUGUGAGCUACAUAGGGAACAGUAUAGCACCAGACGUAAUACUAGAGUGAAGCUUGUCUGGGCUUUGAGCUCGUCGUGCUUCUUCUCACCGCCAACAUAAUCAUCAUGUCAGAGGCAUUUAUUCAACUAUCCAAAUAUUGUCUAUAGUAUCUAGCGUAAGUCUGGAACGAUACUGAAAUCUUAAGAUUUUUCCACUUUAUGGUCUUAUCUCUUUCAAGAGGUCUGAUUUUUUGUACUUUUUAAUAUUUAUGCAAUCUUGCAAUGGCAUUUUUUUACACUUGCAUCGAAUUUAUAUUCAAUGCUGCAAAUUAUUCAUCAUAGAAUUAGUUUCGAAAGUGCAUUUGAGUAGCUAGUUUCUAGAUCUUUUACCUCAAUUCCGUUAUUUCAAUAAAUAAAAUAAAUUAUAUCCCAACAUACCAAAAAGAUGUGUGUAUUUAGCACAUAGGUUUUUUCAGCUUUAGUUAAAAAACUAUAAAUGAAAAACUAUUGGGUAAAAAAAAUUGAUAAAUUUUUUUAUAUAAAUCAAAUGAGUAUCACUACCAGGAUGUAUAUAAAUAUCAAAUAUUUCAAAUGUAUCAAAAUUAACUGAAAACGACUUUGAAUACAUACAAAUGUUUUAUACAACACCCACUAGCAUUAAAUAAUCAUUUUUUUUACUAAAACUUUUAGUACUUUCUAUCAUUCCAAUCAAUGUUUGAUUGUCGUUUGUGAUAAAUAUGUUGUCUGGGUACAAAGUUUCAAAUGCUUUGGUAUUGUUCCAGUGAUGCUUUAACUCAAAACAAUUCGAGCUUAAAAGCAUUGUUAUUGCUAUUAUUAUUAUUAUUAUUAUUAUUAUUAUUAUUAUUAUUAUUAUUAUUUUAUUUACUAUGAUUACUGUUGAUUGUGAAUCAACGAAUUUCCCAGUGAUGUGUGCCAUGCUGAGCACUACACCUACGUACCGUGACAAACGCUUAACUCUUAUGUAUCUUAGACGAUUUUUUGACUAUUAAAGAAAUAUGCUUGAAUAUGAAGAAUUAUGGCAAUAAUCGAGUUUACAUUUAUACUAUGGUUAUUAUAUUUUUAUAAUAAUUAUUAUUAGUAUUUUUGUUAAUAAUACUAUUGCUAUCUGCUAUUAUUCUUAGUAAUAGCACACACACACACACACACAUAUAUAUAUGUAUAAAUAUUUUUAUUAUUGUAUCAUAA